AGACCAGGGGAAGCACCUGGCUCCUGGCUUCGGAUCAGUGUGGUACGCUGACCGCACAGCCAUUGGAGGGUGAACCAACGGCAAAGGAAGACCUUUCUCUCUGUCUCUCUCUCUCACUGUCCACUCUGCCUGUCAAAUAAAAAUUUAAAAAAUUAGGGAACAUAGCAAAAAUAGUUUGGGAUUUUAAAUAUUUUUUGGUGCUUAUGAGUUACUUUUCUAAAAGAAAUUUGUGGGGAGGGGAUUUGGAAUUGACCCAGUCGUGGGGACGCUGGGAAUACGUGGAUGAGGGGGGUCUCCUCGGCCUGCUGUCCGCCUCUGGUGGCAGAGGGCGGGUGCGGGGCCACGGUGGCCCUGUCCCGGGACCCGGGGAUCCCCCGGCCCUGACUUUGUCCCAGGUCAGCAUUUGCCCAGCUGCGAGGCUGAGAGCUGGUUGUCUCAGGCGCUGGGCGUGAAGGCACAGUGGUGGCCAUGGGGAGCAGGCUUCAUCCCAGAGGCUGCAUGGACGCGAAGGUGGCAGUGUCUGUGGCCGAACGUGGGACGGAGGGGCAUCCCGUGGGUGCUAGGCCUGAGCCCGAGUGGACACAGUGGCUCCACAAAGGCGGGCGGGGCCUUUCUCACCUGUGCAGUGGAACCGCAGCAGGUUUGCCGGCAGAGCUGUGGAGGCCUCGGAGGGUGUGCCAGGCCCGGCCUCAGCCCCAGCACGGCGCCCAGCAAGGCCGCGGGGGCCCAGUGGCAUGCGGGGGACGGUGCGGUGCCCGGAGUGUGAGCCCCUGCGUUGGUUCCAGGCUUCCAGCCCCUGAGGGAGCCCCUCCUGCUGGAAGGCCUGGCACGCGCUCUCCAGCCGUUCAGGAAGGGGGACGUGACCCCAAAUCUGGGGCGGGGAAGAGGGCAGCCACCACGGCAAACACGCUGACUUCCACUUGAGUGUUUCAGCUGACACCGUGGGCUGACCCUCUUAGUUGAAUGUUUUCAAGGUAGAACAUGAAAUAAUAGUCAAAAGUUACGGUUCUAUUGAUACGUGACCAGGCACCAUUCUAGAUUAAAUUAUUUAUUUUUAUUUAGUUGAAAGGCAGAGAAACAGCAAGAGAGACCUAUCACACAUGGGGUUACCUGCCCCCCGACAUGUCCCCAACAGCCAAGGCUGGGCAGGCCAAAGCCAGGAGCUGGGAACUCAAUCCAGGUGGGUGGUGGGGACCCAGGGCUCCCAGGGUGCCCGUGAGCAGCGAGCUGGAUGGGAAGUGGAGGCGGGACUGGUCCCAGGCCCUCUGUCCCAGCAGCCAGGACUGCUGUGCCCCCAGCACUUUAGAUAGCAGAGUGUUCCACUGGCCCCUCACAAAGCCCCAUGACUGGCAGCUGUCUCCCCACGCCACAGUCGAGCCGAGUGAGGCUCCCGGAGAGGCUCUUGGUGACGUGGCUGCUAACCCUCGCUUCCCGCCUUAGCCCAGCAGCUGUGUUCAGCAGAGGUGUUCACACACGGUGCACAGGGAGAGGUGUUCACACACGGUGCACAUGGAGAGGUGUUCACACACGGUGCACAGGGAGAGGUGUUCACACACGGUGCACAUGGAGAGGUGUUCACACACGGUGUACAUGGAGAGGUGUUCACACACGGUGCACAGGGAGAGGUGUUCACACAUGCUGCACAGGGAGAGGUGUUCACACACGGUACACAGGGAGAGGUGUUCACACACAGGGUGCACAGGGAGAGGUGUUCACACAUGCUGCACAUGGAGAGGUGUUCACACACGGUGCACAUGGAGAGGUGUUCACACGGUGCACAUGGAGAGGUGUUCACACACGGUGCACAUGGAGAGGUGUUCACACACAGUGCAUAGGGAGAGGUGUUCACACACGCUGCACAUGGAGAGGUGUUCACACACGGUGCACAGGGAGAGGGGUUCACACACGGUGUACAUGGAGAGGUGUUCACACAUGAUGCAUAUGGAGAGGUGUUCACAUGUGUACAUGGAGAGGUAUUCACACAUGAUGCAUAUGGAGAGGUGUUCACACACGAUACAUAUGGAGAGGUGUUCACAUGUGCACAUGGAGAGGUGUUCAUACGUGCACAUGGAGAGAUGUUCACACGUGUACAUGGAGAGGUGUUCACACACAAUACAUAUGGAGAGGUGUUCAUACAUGCACAUGGAGAGGUGUUCACACGGUGCACAGGGAGAGGUGUUCACACACGAUACAUAUGGAGAGGUGUUCACACGUGUACAUGGAGAGGUGUUCACACAUGGUGCAUGUGAAGAGGUGUUCACACACGAUACAUAUGGAGAGGUGUUCACAUGUGGUGCACAUGGAGAGGUGUUCACACUGCUCACACUCAGUACACAUGAAGAGGUGUUCACACGUGGUGCCGUGCCGAGGGAGUCACACCUGGCGCACGUUGCGAUUGUGAUUCCACGGCACAGACUGGCAGCAGUGGGCGUGAGGUUCUCCUGCUGAGUGUCUCACUCCGUGGUUAGGACUCUUCACAUAUUUUUGAAGUUGUACGGGCGUAACAGCGCUGAAACACCUUCCCAGUGUGUUUCAUUUUAGUGU